UGUCCCCGUCGGCCAUUGCACGAAAUAGACGUUCUGUCGAGUACUUUUCAGUCGCCAUUUAGGAUUUACACUGCAAUUAUUUCAUCUCCAAUUAUCCAAGACGAUCCACGAUCCAUUAUUCUUAGUAGACGUUAUUUACCAAUCCUACAACUCACUGAAUCAUUGAUUGAUUCAGCCAGGUCUUAAGAUUGGAAGUGGACUGUGGAACGAAGUUUCGUUGUACCAUGUCGGAGGCGAGACUAUCUCUCGAAUUUGAGAAUCGGAUGUGAAAGCCUGCUUUAGAUACUUAUUUACGUGAUCAGCUUUCACGUAAUUGAACUAGAAUCAUAAGUAAUCUCCAAGUUAUCGUUAUUGCUCGUUGCUCACGCCAAUUCGAAAUAUGUGAAUAGGCCAUCUACGGCCUGCGAUACCCCACGAACUCGAGUUUCGUUGGAUUUCCCAUAAGUGUAAAUUUAUUCGGUCGCGAUGUUAUCGGUCUGUUGCAGGAUUCGGUUGUGAAAAAGUUGUCGAUCACGCGUUUUCUCGGUCAUGUUCAGUGAUAGUGCCCUUUGGAUUACCCUUUUCAUAUCUUGGAUUACGCCAUUUUGACAGGAACGUAUUUGCUAUGAUUAGCUAGGAUAAACCCCGUUCAGAACCAUGCCGCGCAUCUGCCCGGAACAACUUCUCAACUGCCUGAAGGUGCUGCUAGCACCUAAUGGCGGCAUCAAAAGUGAAGAACAAAUCGAUCGGCUCGUUUCGUUGAUUCAGAAGUUCUCAACGAAGCUAGUGAGCAAAUGUAUUUACAUUUCCAUCUUGAAAGCCACCGAUGUAAAACUUAUCAACUCAUUUAUGGGCGCUGGAGGGUGGAAACUGUUACAUACAUGGCUAGAAAGCUCCAUGGCUGCUGAAAAUUGGCCUCUAACCGUGGAGCUUUUAGAAUUGCUUCAGCUAGUGCCAGUGGACUUAGAACGACUAAAGUCAAACACAAUACCAAAAUUGGUCAAGAGCCUCUCGAAACAGCAGGAAAACACUGCUGCUCGCAACAUUGCUUUAGAUCUGCUCGGCAAGUGGGCUUUUAUUGUUAAAAGUGCUGCUGCCUCUACACCUACCAAUGUUUUGUCCCAAGUGAAGGAAGAGACUGAAACUACUGUCCCUGUGAAAACUGAACCAAUUGGUGUGAAUGCAGAGAUUAAGAAUGAUGUGUCACUGAAAAUUAAGUCAGAAGUCAAUAGCGAAACCUGUGAAGUUAAAGUAGAACCCAAAAUCGAACCAGUGGUUGGAGCAAGUAAUACACCUGCUUCUGGAGCUCCUCCUCUUCCUGUUCCUAAACUCAAGAUUUCUUUAAAAGAUGUACCCAAGGUAUCGCAGUUAAAGAAAGAAAAUGAAAUCUAUGGUAAUAGUGAUGACUCAGAGAAUGAGCACAGCUUAUGUAAUGGAGAUGCGGAUGAUAGUGAUGAAAAUAGAAAACUAUCGAAAAGAGAGAGGUUGCAGAAAAAAUACAAAGACACCCAAGAAGACACUCAAGACCGAAUGAGAAAGCAAAAACUUAAUAGAAUAGGGGAAAAAGAACAUUUAAGUAGUAGCAGCAGCAAUAGUAGUAUUAGUGGUGGUGCUAAACCUGUUACUUCCAAGGUGAAAUCUAAGGAUUUAAAAGGUAAACCUGACAAAACUAGUGAUAAAAAAUUAGACUCUCUUAAAGACAAGAAAUCAAAAGAUCUAAAGCUGAAAGAUAAGGCUCUUUUUCAAAGUGAAAAGGACCCACCUAAAUCACUCAAAGAUAAAGUUCAAGCUGAGAAAGAUAAGGCCAAUCUCGCGAAAGCUCUUCCUGCUCCAGCAUCUGUUGUUAAAUUAGGUAAAAUACCUAAGAAAGUAUCUCAAGGAAGUGAUAUUAAACCUAGUAGUUUCAAUCUUUUUGAUAGUAACAGUUCUAAUCACAAUAGUGUUAAGAAUAAAGUGCUAAGUGAUGAUAGAAAUAAAAAAGUCAUACCCAACGAAAAGUCCAUACCUAAAAAGCCUGUUGUGGUGGAACCUCCUAAAGUAGUCAAAAAGGUCUCAAUUUCAAUUGAGCCUAAAAGAAGUCUCCCGGAAGACAUUAAACUCAAAACUGUGAAAACAUUCAACUCUAAAUUUCGUCUCACCGGUCUAGAAGAAGAACCGCCUAAACCGCCCGCGCCAAAGAAGUCCAGUAGUAGCAAUUCAGCAACUAAUUCCAGCAGUCCUGCAACACAUUCUAGUUCGUCAACUUCCUCUUCAUCAUCUCCUGGCUCAAGUGAUAAGAAGCCCGGUUUGAAACGUACGUCUCCACCUAAAGAGCAACCCCCAGAGAAGAAAAUCAGGACUGAGACUCCAUCUCCGUCUUCCAGCCCUGCCUCAAACGAUAAGAAAAAAUCCAAGACUGAAGAUCAGAAGGAAGACAAGAAACCGCAUGCAGCAGCGAAGAAACCGAUGCUCCUGGAAAGUGUUGGUUUCAUGGACGCGUUGGACGCUGCUAACAUCAAGACAGAACCUCGCAAACGGAAACGAAAAUUGAGCACGACGAAAGAAUCUAAUGGUGGACCAGAACCCAAGAAAGAGGCCUCACCCACCGGUGCCUCUGGAGAUUCUGACUCUCCCAAAGUACCCAUCUCUCCACCCAUCGUUAAGCCGCAAUUUAAGUUUUAUCAAGAUACGAUGGAAACUUCGCUUGAAGAAGACUCCAAAAGUAAAGAAUCAAGUGAGGUUAACCCUCCAGAGCAAGUUAAACCAAAGGAUGAGUUCCAUGCGGAUGCUCAGGAGGACAAAUCAAGUUCUGAAGAAGAAUUCAAAGUGAAUAUCACGGAGAAUGAAGUGCCCCUGGGUGAAACGAGGCCUGAAAUGCCAAAAAGUGCUCUAGUCCAUUUCAAAUCAAAGAAAGACGGGAAGAGGAAAAGUGUCUCCUGGAGAGAAGAAGACUGCCUGAUUUCAGUCAAAUACUUCGAAUUAGAUGAAACAGAAAGGAUAAAUGUUACUAGGAACUUCACAGAUAUGAAACAGCAAGAAAGGUAUGCUGAGAGAGAAAACUUCCUAAAAGCAAGAAAUCUAGCAUCAGAAGAUAUAAUGGAAGAAAAAGUUGCGUGGAUGUGCCCGCCUCCGCUUAUCGAUUUAGAACCUUCAACUGUCAUUCCUGGGAAAAACAGUCAAGAAAAAGAUAUCCAGUAUGCUAGGGAGAAGAAUGUUCUUCAAGCAAUUUAUUUCAACCGUAGAUCGAUUCCUGAUACACCUGCUGAACCAGAUUUAGAAAUUCACGCGACGACUGACCCAACUUUAAUCCCACUAGAAGAUACAACAGGCAGUACAGACUCAGUUUGUGACUUCACGCAUGAACCAUGGCCAGAACCAAAACGAGAAGAAUUUGAAAUGACAAUGCCCAAUAUGAUGAUGCCAAAUAACAACUUCAUGUAUCCGGGGAUGAACAAUAGUUUUCCAUGCGGUCCGUUCCCGCCUGCGAACAUGUUCCCUGGAGGUCCAAAUCCAAUGGGCCCUGGCGACUGGAGGGGACCUGAUCCCAACAUGCCGAUGUUCCCAGGUGGAAGACCGGGCCCAAUGGGUCCUGGACCUGGACCUAUGGGACCAAUGGUACCAGGAGGUCCUCCUGGACCGAUGGGUCCUGUCGGGCCAAUGGGUCCGAUGGGCCCAAUGGGACCUGGUCCAGGCCCAGAUAUGGGCUUCCCGGGCAACUUCGAUCCUUCAUUUGGGCCAGGUAUGGGCCCACCUGGUGGUGGUCCUCCAAACAUGUUCAAUGGUCCUGGGCCUGGUCCGGGUUGGUUCGACCCGAGCGGUAACAACAUGGGCCCACAAGGAAUGAUGAACAUGAACUCAGAUUUCGGACCCUCCGGCAACAUGCCUCCGCGGAAUAGUGGCAAGUACCGUAAUGACGAUAGGGGAGGACGAGGCGACAGCCGACCUUGGAAAGGAAAAGACAAGAGCAAAAACAAAGGCAAAGGAUCUUUCAAGAAAGGAGACUACAACGAAGAGUUUGCUUUAAAGCACGGAAUUUGUAAAAUGUUCCUGCGCAAGGGGAACUGUUCGUUUGCUAAUUGCAAAUUUUUACACUCGUUACCGCCAUAACAUGAAACCCCAAAGCUGAAAGCAGCAAGUAAAGCUAACGGAUCUGAUUGAUUACCUGUUCAACAGAGCAUCAACUCAACGAUUCCUCAUCAACGUCCUUUGUGAAUUUAGGUUGUCUCAGUGCCUGAUUGUCUCAACUGUUAUCUUGAAAAUGGACCCUGAUUAUUUGUUCUCUUCUUUACGUAGGGCCAUUUUCCAUCAAUCAGCCACUCAGUUGAAUUUGUUGAUUUUUGGAUGUAAUGAUGAUAUUGGCUUCUCUUUUGCCACAAGUUACGAAGGCCUCUCGUCAAUCAUUCAGCCUCUGAUAACAUUCAAUAAACCGUUACAAUUCUUGGUUUUAGAGGAGCAAAAUGAUUUAAAUUUAAUAUCAAUGUGGCUCUUCAAUGCUUACUUAAGACUGACUUAUUAGCCUGUGAUGUUCCUUCCAAUGUAGGACCAAAUGUCAGCAUGACUGUAUCGAAUGAAUAGAAUUGAGGGAUGACUGACUAAUCCAAUGACUCGACGUAUCAAAGUAAUAAACUCUUUCGUUCAGAUGGAUUCUUUAUCGCAUGUAUGUUUGUUUAGUUGUGCGUAUUUGCCAAUCUGCUGCAAUCUAAAGUCUUAGAAUUGAACGUUUUCUUCCAUGGAAACUUAUCAGUGGUUUGUUUUAUGAACCAUUAAGUGCUAAGAGUUCUUUGAAUGAUAAUUUGCAUUUUGAUUACACGUGUACUUUUUGGUCAACUAAUUCAAAGAAGGAGCUGUUAGGUUUUCUUUUUAUAUAUUUUUAUGGUUAUUUGUUACGUAUUGUUCACAAAGUAUGACUGCUAUCUCUUAUUUCUUUAUUUUAACAUCUUGGUUAGAAAUUGUUCGCCUCUCAGUUUUGUUUCUCUUUGUUCCUUUCUCCCAACUCAGUGAUCCGAAGUGUAUAUUAUUGAAGAGCUUUAAAAUUCUCAAAUAAAAUCCCCUAAAAUUAAGCUGCUUAUAAAUAUCUCAAUUUUGUUCAAGAACCCUCUUUGUUGUUUGUAUUAUGUUGAUUGACAAUGAUUAAGUUGGAAACGACUAGGGAAGCACUCAAUUUUAUUACGUUUUAUUCCAAUUUUAUCAAAGACUGAUUGCUAUUUUAGGGAAUGGGAUUUGUAAACAUUUCUUUUUUUCCCUCUCAUAGCAAGUAACACACUCUUGCACACUGAAUCAAGUUUAAAAUUUCAGUUCUAAGUAUCUCCCUUCGUACUUUUCAAAGUUCUAGCUGUAAAUUAGUACUUGUCUUUCCGCCAACUUAUCAUGCAGUGUCUGUUUCUAGAGCUUAUUAUUUUAGGGUUUAAAGUACACUCAAGAUGCAUUUUUUUCUUUUUUAGUUCCAAAAGUUGUAACAUGCCAUAAUUAGAUUUUUCAAAUUAAGAAGAUAUUGUUGUUUUCAUCAUAUUUUUUUUCUUUCUUUUUGUUAACCAUUUUUUUGAGAUCACAACAAUCCACUGUAUUUUCCUGCAAAUAUUUUCUAAAGAACGGAUUAUAAAAAAAGAGAGGGUUAAAGAAUUCGAUAGAAUGAUUAGAGCACUACCAUUCUUGCAUGAAUCUAAGUGUAAGACAUGCUUGCAUUCACAAGUUUUUGAAAUAAAUAGGGUGAAAUAGGAGAAAUUUCAAGUCUUGAAGUGUGCAGAAUGAAGAUUUUUUUUCAAGUUACUUCCUAACUUCCCUUGUUUUAUAAAUUUAUAAAAAUAUAUGUAUUUAAUGGAGAAUUUAAAACAUUCAACUCGCUAAUUUUUUACUUGUCUAGGUUUUAAUAUUGCUUAUCUUUCUCAUGUUUUUUUUUACGAUCAUUGUGUCAAAUGUAUCGGCAAUAAUAAUCAAUUUUGCCUCCUCUUUGAUGCAUUGAUAUUUUGUUACUCAAGUUGGCCUGUAAUUAUGUGAAAUAUGUGUAUCAUAUUUGUUCCAUUUGUUUAUCACCAUGUUAAGAUGAAACCGUUGCAAUUGUGCAAUGAAAUUUUAUCCAUUACCUAUAGGCUAAGUGAACACUUUGUACCUGACAUAGGUUUAGGUUUUCUGUACAAUAUUUGCCAACUUGUUAUUUAUAAAUUGUACAUUUAACGAGAAAAAAAGAGGACAUAAAUAAAUGAUCUUGAACAAAUCUA